CUCCUGUCUUCUCGAAGCCGGUGGCGGCGCGGCGUCUGAGGCGGCGAUGGAGUCGGAGCCGGUGGCGGUACCUCGGGGGGAAGCGGCGUCCUGUUCGUCCUGGGGGGCUGGCAGUACAAGUAAAAAUUCGUCAGUUAUGUCAGCCGAACCCGUGGAGAUUGAUGAUGCGUUAUAUAGUCGACAGAGGUAUGUUCUCGGAGACACAGCAAUGCAGAAGAUGGCAAAGUCUCAUGUUUUCUUAAGUGGAAUGGGUGGUCUCGGUUUGGAAAUUGCAAAGAAUCUUGUUCUUGCAGGGAUUAAGGCACUUACAAUUCAUGAUACAGAGAAAUGCAAGGCAUGGGAUCUAGGAACCAACUUCUUUCUCUGCGAAGAUGAUGUUGUUAAUAUGAGAAACAGGGCAGAAGCUGUACUUCCACACAUUGCAGAACUAAAUCCAUAUGUGCAUGUCACGUCAUCUUCUGUUCCGUUCAGUGAAACCACAGAUCUUUCAUUUUUAGAUAAAUACCAGUGUGUAGUACUGACUGAGGUGAAACUCCCAUUACAGAAGAAGAUCAAUGAUUUUUGCCAUUCUCACUGCCCUCCAAUUAAGUUCAUCAGUGCAGAUAUACAUGGAAUUUGGUCACGAUUGUUUUGUGAUUUUGGUGAUGAAUUUGAAGUUUCAGAUACAACAGGAGAAGAACCAAAAGAAAUUUUCAUUUCAAACAUAACGCAAGCUAAUCCUGGCAUUGUCACUUGCCUUGAAAAUCGUCCUCACAAACUUGAGACAGGACAGUUCCUAACAUUUCGAGAAAUUAAUGGAAUGACAGGUUUAAAUGGCUCGUUACAACAAAUAACUGUGGUAUCACCAUUUUCUUUUAGCAUUUGUGAUACUACAGAGCUGGAACCAUAUUUACAUGGAGGCAUAGCUGUUCAAGUUAAGACUCCUAAAAUAUUUUGCUUUGAACCCUUGGAGAGGCAGAUAAAGCGUCCAAAAUGCCUCCUUGUGGACUUUAGCAAACCCGAGGCACCUUUACAGAUUCAUGCAGCCAUGCUUGCCUUGGACCAGUUUCAGGAGAACUAUGGUCGCAAGCCAAAUACUGGAUGCCAGCAAGAUUCAGAAGAGCUGUUGAAAUUAGCAGAAUCCAUAAGUGAAACCUUAGAAGAAAAGCCGGACAUAGAUACUGACAUUGUCCAUUGGCUCUCUUGGACGGCUCGAGGUUUCUUGUCCCCGCUUGCUGCAGCUGUGGGAGGUGUUGCCAGCCAAGAAGUUUUAAAAGCUGUGACAGGGAAGUUUUCUCCGUUGUGCCAGUGGUUAUAUCUCGAGGCAGCAGAUGUUGUCGAAUCCCUAGGCCGACCUGAAUGUGAAGAAUUUCUCCCACGAGGUGAUAGGUAUGAUGCCUUAAGAGCGUGCAUUGGUGACACUUUAUGCCAGAAGCUACAAAGUUUGAAUAUCUUCUUAGUGGGAUGUGGAGCCAUAGGCUGUGAAAUGUUAAAAAAUUUUGCUUUACUUGGUGUUGGCACAAGCAGAGAGAAAGGAAUGAUCACAGUUACAGACCCUGACUUGAUAGAAAAGUCCAACUUAAAUAGACAAUUCCUCUUUCGUCCUCAUCACAUACAGAAACCUAAAAGUUAUACUGCUGCUAAUGCUACUCUGAAAAUAAAUCCUCAAUUAAAAAUAGAUGCACACCUGAACAAAGUAUGUCCGGCCACUGAAACCAUUUACAAUGACGAAUUCUAUACUAACCAAGAUAUAAUUAUUACAGCGUUAGAUAAUGUGGAAGCCAGGAGAUACGUAGACAGCCGUUGCUUAGCAAACCUACGGCCUCUCUUAGAUUCCGGAACAAUGGGCACAAAGGGACACACAGAAGUUAUUGUACCUCAUUUGACUGAGUCCUACAAUAGUCACCGGGAUCCCCCAGAGGAGGAAAUACCGUUUUGUACUCUGAAAUCCUUUCCGGCUGCUAUUGAACAUACUAUACAGUGGGCAAGAGAUAAGUUUGAGAGUUCCUUUUCCCAUAAGCCAUCAUUGUUUAACAAAUUUUGGCAAGCCUAUUCAUCUGCAGAAGAAGUCUUACAGAAAAUACAAAAUGGACACAGUUUAGAAGGCUGUUUUCAAGUCAUUAAGUUACUUAGCAGAAGACCAAGAAAUUGGUCCCAGUGUGUAGAAUUAGCAAGAUUAAAAUUUGAAAAGUAUUUUAACCAUAAGGCUCUUCAGCUUCUUCACUGUUUUCCUCUAGACACAAGAUUAAAAGAUGGCAGUUUGUUUUGGCAGUCACCAAAGAGGCCACCUUCUCCAAUAAAAUUUGAUAUAAAUGAACCUUUGCACUUCAGUUUCCUUCAGAAUGCUGCAAAACUUUAUGCUACAGUAUAUUGCAUUCCAUUUACAGAAGAGGAUUUAUCAGCAAAUACCAUCCUGAAUAUUCUUGCAGAAGUAAAGAUUCAGGAGUUCAAACCUUCCAAUAAGGUUGUUCAGACAGAUGAAUCAGCAAGGAAACCAGAAAAUGUUCCUGUUAGCAGUGAAGAUGAGAGAAAUGCUGUUUUUCAACUGCAAAAGGCUAUUUCAUCCAAUGAAGCUACCAAAAGUGACCUUCAGAUGACAGUGCUUUCAUUUGAAAAGGAUGAUGAUAGUAAUGGACACGUAGAUUUCAUCACAGCUGCCUCCAAUCUCCGUGCCAAAAUGUAUAACAUUGAACCAGCUGACCGUUUCAAAACUAAGCGCAUAGCUGGGAAAAUUAUACCUGCCAUAGCAACUUCUACUGCAGCAGUUUCUGGCUUGGUUACCUUGGAGAUGAUCAAAGUGGCUGGUGGCUAUCCAUUUGAUGCUUACAAAAAUUGUUUUCUAAAUCUAGCCAUUCCAAUUCUAGUGUUUACAGAGACAUCUGAAGUGAGGAAAACUGAAAUCAGAAAUGGGAUAUCAUUUACAAUUUGGGACAGAUGGACUGUGCAUGGAAAAGAAGAUUUUACUCUAUUGGAUUUCAUAAACGCAGUCAAAGAGAAGUAUGGCAUUGAACCAACUAUGGUGGUUCAGGGAGUCAAAAUGCUUUAUGUUCCUGUUAUGCCCGGUCACGCAAAAAGAUUGAAAUUAACAAUGCAUAAACUUGUGAAACCAUCUACUGAGAAGAAAUAUGUGGAUCUUACAGUGUCAUUUGCCCCAGACACUGAUGGAGAUGAAGAUUUGCCAGGACCUCCAGUAAGAUACUACUUCGGUCAUGACACUGAUUAAUAAUUGUCUUAAAGUUAUUCCUGGACUACUUGAUUUUGGAGACAAUGUGUUUAAUUCAGAAACUCACAACAAAACAGUUAGCUCUGAUGCUAUGGAUUUCUUUUUCAUGAAGCCUUAAUUCAAGGGGAACAUCAAUAGGAAGCUGUUAUAAAGAACUGGUUAAACAUUUUGGAGCAUUAAUGGACACUUUACUGAUGCCUCACAAAUGACUGUGAUCACAAGCAACUCUGAACUGGAAUACCACUUUUUUAAUGAUUACAAGCAACUUUGUAUUAUAACUUCUACAGAUGAAAAGAAGGAAAAAAUAUUUAUUUAUGACCAGAAGUGAUAAGGAUCAAGAAGUUGAAAGUAAUGUAUGCAACCAUCCAAAAAGUCUCACUGUAUGAAUUUCUUUUUUGUUCAUGUUUCAUACCCAUUUUUCUAACCUAAUAGUGUGGUACCCUGUGCCUCUCAUCCAGUUAAGCUUCGAGUGCUUAAUAGUGGUCAGAAGAGAAGUGGUCAGUGAGAGUUGACAUUUAAAAUUGUAUUUACGGUUUUCUGUCCUGUUACCUCUGCUAAUUUAAUGGGAGUUGGUAGUGUCACUAUCUCCAAGAAAUCAAAAAUUUUUUGUUGCAAGCAGCAGAGUAAUGAGCUUGCAAUUGGUCAAAUGACACACAUUAAUUUGGACUAAACAUUAACAGUAUUAUACAGACUGAACAGCCCUCCUAAAGAAUCCAUUACUGUGAGUAGAUGACCAUGGCUAAUCGUGUGGUUCUACAUGCCUUCUAAUGUGGCAGCUUUAUUUAUUUGGAACCUUAAACCUAAGCCUGAGUGUCAUACCUGGUAAGAUUCUAAGAAGUUUUAUAAAUGGAAUAUCCUUAGAAACAGAUGAAAAAUUGAAACUAAAAACUCAUUGCAAAAUCUGGUAGAGUAAUUUUUUUUUCCAGCAGCCUAAUGGACAGAAAAGGCUGAUUUAAUAAUUUCAUUCUAAGGAGAGCAUGUUAUUUUAUUCCCCAUUCCCAGAAAGGGAGUUUACAAAGAUUACAAUUUAUUUUGUAGGUCUUCACUGAGAGUCUUCUGAUAUAAGUUAUUGCACAUGUUCAUGAAAGUGCAUUUGUUAAAAAUUUAUCUAAAGAAUAUAUAACAGUAUAAGCUCAGUGAAGACAAGUGUGAUUCUUUUGUUAAUAAGUCUGUCGUGCAUUCUAAAGUAGUUUACAUUUUAUACCCUCAGGGAGUCAUUUCCCUCUUUCUCCUACAUUGUUCACACUGUAUUUAGAUUAUUUGAUUAAAAAAUAUUCAUAUCACUGUUAGUCCAGUUUGGUGUCUUUUUAUACUGUAUGCUUUCCAUCUAAAAAUAGUUUAAACAAAUUGUUUUUGAUUUAUCAUCCAGUAGGGAAAAUACACUUGGGAGGGAAGGGUGAAUUUAUAUAAUUAAAAGGUGUUCUAUGUUUAGCAUGUGUGUGGGAAAUCAGCCAUUAGUUUGGGUUCACAAUAUUCUACCCUCUACUAUUGUGCAUAUCUCAAGUUGGUAAUUUAAGUUACAUUAAAUUGAAGCCAGGAAUAUCAAGGCUAUUUACCUUAGAACUUUAAAGGGUAGGAUUUUUCCAUUUCCCUUUGUUUUGUGCUGUUUUACAAUAAACUGACAUUUUCAAG